AUGGGGAACAGCCAGGCAAAAGAAUCGCGUCCCACGUCGUCUCGCGGCACGGGGCGCCCAUCGAACAGCCGCCAAGCCAGCUCACCCACUGCAUCCGGGCCGGAGGAAUCUUCGCGGCACGGUAGAUCCGGCAGCGGUGUAUACGGCAACUCUCGGAGCGGACGUGGAAGCAGACCCGACCUCUCCUUUCUAGGCAUUGGGGGCAGCACUGAACGGGAUCCGGCUCUGGAACCCAGGCGCGAAACCAAGGCGGAGCGGGAGGCGCGGAAGCUGGAGAAAGAGCGGCAACAGCGGGCGCAGGACCGGGAGCGCAGUAUCCGGGAAGAGGGAGUAGAUGGAGGCUUCUUGGUCACUUUGGGCACAUACACGGGUCCGGAAGACUUCAGCAAGCCCACCGUCCGGCAAUUGCAGAUAGAGCGCCGGCUGGCUCCGUUCUGGAAAGGUCUUAAUGACCACGAAGACACAUGGACUGAGCAUCAGUUGGUAGCUGUAGUCAAUGACAAACCCCUACCGGCGCCCGACGAGAUCCCAGAAGAAGAGCCACCGCGGCCGAAUAACCUCAGCACUGAAUGGAACCCGCGCAGCUCCAAUCAGAACAUAAACAGUCUCACCGUUGCCAUGGGUGGGCGCACCAUGUCGCAAGCCUCUGAUCGCUCUGCCAAUCUCACUGCGUCACAUCCGGCUUUCUCACUCCCCUCACCAACAUCUCCAAUUGCAAACUCACCCUCUUCGACUCCCUUCUUCCGUGGCCGGGCUAAAACUCUCGCUGCACUCACAUCAGGCUCUCGCAAUGCCUCACAGACCGAAAUGGGUCCUCAAGAGGUCCAACUCCCCAAAGACCCCUAUGUCAAUGGGCAGCGCCUUGAGGUCUUUCUGUACAAAGAUGCGUCCGAAUGUCCCAUUUGCUUUCUCUACUAUCCUCCGUACCUGAAUAAAACGCGGUGUUGCGAUCAACCUAUCUGCUCUGAAUGCUUUGUACAGAUCAAAAGACCGGACCCUCAUCCACCGGAGCACCACGGCGACUCCAACGAGCCAGGUAGUCCACCACCGGAGCCUCAGGAGGACGGUACUUUGGUGUCUGAGCCCGCAUGCUGUCCUUUCUGUGUCCAAGCCGAGUUUGGCAUUACUUACGAACCUCCACCUUUCAGAAGAGGACUAGUCUAUGCUGGUUCAGGACAUAAUUCGUUAUCGAUGGCGGCAGCUUCGGCCAUGUCAUCGACAUCGUCCCUGAACUCUCAAGGCCUCACAUCACCUGGUCGGAGAAGAGCGGGAUCGCUUGCAGCCACGGAUUCAUCAGUCAUUACAACGGAUCGCGUUCGACCCGACUGGGCGAAGAAACUGGCCGAUGCGAGAGCCCAUGCCCUUCGCCGAGCUGCUGCAGCGACAGCUUUGCAUAAUGCCGCAUACAUGAUGGGCAACAUCCAAUCAGACAGCCGAGGUUUUAGCCUUGGGAGACGAAGGCGGACCAUGUUCGGUAGUGACAGCGCCAGCACAAGCGGCAACGGAACGCCUCGUGGAGGAGAUGUCAAUGGCCUUCUUACUGCAGCGGCAGCGCAAGGAUCUUCCAGUCGCACUGAGGGCCAGAGCGACUUGACUUCUAACCGGCAGAGUUCUCGAAGGGGCAACAGGCUGGAAGACCUCGAAGACUUGAUGAUGAUGGAAGCCAUCAGGUUGUCGCUCGCUGCUGAGGAGGAGCGCAAGAAGAGAGAGGAGAAAGAAGCAGCCAAAGAGGCGAAGAAGGAGGAAAAAAGGAAGGCGAAAGAGGCGAGAAAGGCCGAGAAAGCUGCGCGUAAAAGUGGAUUCUUCAUGAGUACAAAUCAGGACGGCGCCGAAGAUGAUUCUGUGGGUGGUUCGUCCUCAGCUACAGGGAAAGGAAAAGCCGUCGAUCGGUCUGGAGGAUACGCAGCGUUCAACCCCAUGGACGAGCCGACGUCUACCAUCAAUGCUUCAUCUUCUUCCAGGGAUGAUUCGCAAAAGCAUCUAGAACAGAGCCGAUCUACCCUAAACUCGUCUUUACGAAGGGAGGGGAGUGGAUCCGGAACUUCACCCUCCGCCGACUCCUUUAGCGUUGAACAACCAUCCCACCGCGCGGCGUUACGCAACCUUUCGAAUGCUUCGUCGUCGACAUCCUCGCUUGCGGAGUCCCUUCAGGGAUCGCUACAAAACGAUAGUCACGGCAACUAUGGCGCUUCUACGUCGUCAUUCGGUCCUAGUCCAAACGCAUCAGGCGUGAGUCUGGGCGUCGAAAAUGACACUCCGCCCCAAGGUACACCCGGCACCGAACCCAUGUUCAACUUCCGCAGCUUAGCAGAAGUCAUAACAAAAGAGGAAGGCAAGGGCAGUGACAAUCCUCAGUAUAUUGAAAAUGUUGCAGAAGGCAAAGCCGCUACUCCCGAGCCUGCCGCUGCUAUCGCGAUCGAGCCGCCACAAGUCCCUACUCUACCUGCAUUGGAACCCAUGUCACCCCUUGACGCAAGUGUCUCGACUAUCAAACCCGGCGAGAGUGAUCGAUCAGUUGACGAAGAGGAUGAAAUUGAGCCUGCGCCUCGUAUUGAAGCUCUGCCGGGCACCGGAAGUAACCUCGAUCAUAAGCACAUUGGGAAUGUAAGCAUGGUGGAUCGCAUAGGACAGCAUCAACCUACGCAGUAA